AGGGACCAUGGAGGACGCGGAGGACGAGCGCAGCUUCUCCGACAUCCGCGGCGGCCGCCUGUCGCUGCGGUGCCGCGACUACUCCCCGUACUGCCGCGAGUUCGGCCUCAGCUCGGCUCGGCUGUCGCUGCGCACGCUCACCGCCGUCACGUGCGCCGUGUGGCUGACGGCCUACGGGCUCUUCACCCUGUGCGAGAACAGUAUGGUCCUUUCUUCUGCCAUCUUUAUCACUCUCUUAGGCCUGCUUGGUUACCUCCAUUUUGUGAAGAUUGACCAGGAGACUCUCUUAAUCAUUGAUUCACUUGGCAUCCAGAUGACUUCAUCCUAUGCUUCAGGCAAAGAAAGUACUACCUUCAUAGAGAUGGACAAGGUCAAGGAUGUUAUCAUUAAUGAGGCUAUUUACAUGCAGAAGGUGAUUUACUACCUCUGUAUCUUAUUGAAGGAUCCAAUGGAACCACAUGAGGUAUCCCAAGUUGUACCUGUUUUCCAGAGUGCCAAGCCUCGGUUGGACUGCUUGAUUGAAGUGUACAGGAGCUGCCAGGAGAUUCUGGCACACCAGAAAGCCACACCAAGUCCAUGAGUGUCAGCCUCCAAAGACCAGUAUUAUCUUCCGUGGGAGAUAAUUCCUAAGUCACAGUGGUGGCUUGUUCUCUGCACUGUAAACCAUCAGGGGGACAACCCUAGGAGCCAAGAUGGAUGCAGUAGAUCUCAGAGCCGUAGAACAGGUGACUGAGGUUUGACUCAGUAUUUCAGUAUAUUACAGUGUUCCUCUUGGAAGGUUUUACUACAUUGCUGGCCAAGGGGAGACUUCAAACAAUUGCGGCAUAUCAAAAAAGUAAUGUUGAGGGGCUAUAGAGAUGGUUUAGUGGUUAAAGUACUUGCCCAAGAAGCCUAAGGACCCUGGUUGAAUUCCCCAGUACUCACACAAGCCAGAUGUGCAAGGUGGCACAUGCAUCUGGAGUUUGUAGUG